GCUGCGUAUUAGGCCUAAAUUAAGUAUUUCUGUGAUGCACUGGUUCAUGAAGUUAAAAUGUUAUUCAUGUUAUAAACAACUCCUAUUGCAGACGCAUCAGUCAUUGCUUGAGACUAAGACAAACUGAGAACUCCAGAAUUAAUUGAGUCAUAAUAAAAAUGACAGAAGCAGUGGUACUUCAUGAUUGUGUAACGCUCCAAUAGUGCCAUCCUAAAACGUGGAAAACUAUCUUGUGCUAUAUAGUUCCUUGACAUAAGCCAUACCAUGGGCCUUUGUGGUUGGGAAAUAAUGCUGGCGCCCUAAGAGGAUUGCGAUUUGUUGUUUGCUUCCAUUUGAAGCUCAGUACCUCCGUUCUAACAAAGUAGGACUUAGCUACAUGAAGUGAGAUAGAAUUUGUAUUUGCUAUAGCUAACGCUGCAUAGCUUUCCUUUCAAAUGUAGCCUGAAUAGCCUAUUGAACGUAGUUAAAUUAUAUUUAGAAAUAUACAUGGAAAAUAACCACCGAGUGACCUUCAUAAGAGAGCAGAUAUAGGCUACUCUUUAGCUCGUUCAUAUUGAUUUAUUUAUUUCUUUUUGAGAGUAAUUGGGUCAAGUUAGCAGAAGAUGGCGCUGAAUCACUCUUUACGAUUUUUUGGGUCAAUUAUAAUGAUGCUGUAAUGAAUCAUUGACCUAAGGUAACGUCACACUCUCAGAGGAAUAAUGAAUAUGUACGAAGUGUCCAACCACAGCAUGCCAAACUGUCCGCCAGGAUUGGAAUAUCUCACACAAGUCGACCAGCUACUCAUAAAACAGAAAGUGGAAAUUAUUGAAGCCCUAGUCGGCUUCGAGAGCAACAACAAGUACGAGGUCCGUAACGCCAUGGGCCAGAACGUGUUCUACGCCGUUGAGGAAAACGACUGUCUGAGUCGCCAGUGCUGCGGACCCCUGCGCUCCUUUACCAUCCGUGUCCUCGACAACUUUGGAGAAGAAAUCAUCACGGUCAGCAGGCCCCUCAAGUGCAUGUCUUGCUUUUUCCCCUGCUGUCUACAAGAGUUGGAGGUGCAGGCUCCACCAGGAAACACAGUGGGCUACAUCCUCCAACAGUGGCAUCCCUUCUCUCCCAAGUUCAUUGUGGAGAAUGAACACAGAGAGCCCGUACUGAAGAUCCAUGGGCCUUUCUGUGGCUGGAGCUGCCUCCCAGAUGUUGACUUUGAGAUUUUGACCAUGGAUGAGGUCAGUAAGAUUGGGAAGAUCAGUAAACAGUGGACAGGUCUUCUCCGUGAGAUGUUUACUGACACUGAUAACUUUGGAAUCCAGUUUCCCAUGGACCUGGACGUGAAGAUGAAGGCUGUGAUGAUCGGAGCCUGUUUCCUUAUCGAUUUCAUGUUCUUUGAAAGCUCUAACAACAACUAGGGGCAUUUGAAGAUCCACAGCCACCGUAUCAACACUACCAGAAGUCACACCAUCCGAUUGAUCAGCACCAGGACAUAGGAUUCUCUGUGACGUGACAUGAACAUUUUUAAUUAUACGUACCUCAGACGGAGUAUGUAUUGUAACUUUAAGAGAGCACAGCUGAAUGUAACUUCUAGUUAACUAAUAAUAGUGAUAGCAUCUCAGGUUGGAUCACACAAUAUGAGUUCAAGAGUGGGGGUACACAAUGAGGGGAUCUAGAUGCGGAAUGUGUGGUUAUCUUUGCGUGAGUGUGUGUUGGGGGGGGUGGGGGGGUAUGCCCACGUUUGUAUGUGUUUAUAUGUGCGUGUAUAUUGUGGUUGUGUUGCCUCUUAGAACCAAGAGCCCUCAGUCCUAUAAAAGGUUCAAUUGUACCAACCCUAUACCGCAUAAUGUGUCAAAACUGCCUCCCAUAAACAAAACUGGAAAGGUAAACAGAAAUGGGUGUGGUGAGGAUUUUUACUACCAAAAUUAUAUGUAAAGUUAAGAAACAAACAUGAUAUAUUUUUUGUUGAGAAAAUAGAUGUUUACAGUAACUUUAUUUUUUGUUGGUAUUAAAAAUCAUUUGUAUGGUGUUUCGUUGAACAAUUUGGUUUCUAGGCUUGAUGUUGUUUAUUUUUUUUAUUUUUUUUUUCAUAUUUAAUAAACUGACCAAACUGUUUUAAUAUUAAGGUUAAUAUGGGAUGAUUUUUUUUCUUUUACCUGAAAAGUCUUUAUGUUAUUUAUAUUCAAAUAGGAGCAUGUUUUAUAACAGUGUGUAAUUUUGUCAAUGUUUCUUUUACCUUACACAAGAGGGCAUGAGCUAGCCAUCUUGUAUCGUGCUAUCUAUAUUUCUAUCCCAUUUGCUAAAUUGUAGGCUAAAUGAACACACAGUACAUAUGAUGACAUCUCAAUAUCAGUGUCUCUGUUGUGUAUUUGGUCAUAGACUCAGGUUUCCCUGUAAAUGCUUUAGAAACAUGCCAUUUCAACCUCAAAACACUGUAGUCCAAGCCUGUUGCAAUUGAUGAUACACUAAUUGUAGGGAUGCACUGUUUGAUAAUGAUUUGUUAUGUAUUAAAACACAUUUUCAUCAGAAUAUUUAAUGCAAUGUGCUGACACGUCAUGUCAGCUUGAGGAAAAAUGACUCACAAGUUUUACAAAUUCAAUAAA